AAGUAAGUGUUUGUAUAUAGCUGUCGCCAGAACCGUGUGUGAAGUGCAAGGACUGGAAGAUGACAAUUGUUUGCAAUGUAUGUGAGCUUGGAAAGUCGAAGUAUAAAUGUCCGGAAUGUCUGAUUUCUUAUUGUUCUCUUGACUGCUGGAAGACUCACAAAUCUUCAACAACAUGUAAGCCUGUAGUAUACAGACAGGUACAGCGUCGUCUUAAUUUGGUAAGUGCAGCGGAAGAAAAUGCUGAAUCCACGUCAGAAGAUGCUGUUGCCAAGGAGAAACUACAAGCGUUAGCGGAAUCGGAUGAACUCAAAGAUGUUCUGAAAAAUCAUGAAUUAAGAGAGAUGUUAAUAGCAAUUGAUAAGUCUAAAUUUCCUUCACAAGCAAUACAGGCAGCAAUGAUGGAACCUAUGUUUGUGGAAUUUGCUGACAUUUGCCUGAAAAUUGUUGAGCCACCAGCAGAAUGAAAAGCCUAUUUGUAUACUCAGAAUGCUUUUUUUCCAUGUAACAUUUGUGUGUGCUGCAUUAAGUUCUUUAUAUGAAAAUAUUGUUGUGUAUGUGAAAAAUUAUUUAUUUAAGGUUGUUGUGAUGUAAUUAUCUUGCCACAAACAUCAUUUUAUAAAUUUGUUAUACAUUAAAAAUGCUUCGUUUUAGUAGCAGAACAAAUGUAUUGACUGUGGCAUAAUAUUUAUGUUGCUGUUGCUUAAAUUUCUAAUGAAUAAACACAUUUUCUAGCUAAUAGUAUCAAGAAUGCAGAAUAAGACGACAAGAACUUACUUGUUGUUUCUGGUGCAAAUAAGCCAGUCUUUAGUCAUAGGGCACCAUACAUGUGACCACUGUCCCACUCCAAAUAAUUUUUGUUAUCCAUAUAUGUAAGUGGAAAAAUAUAUAAAUGUAGGUAGGCAUAGUUUCAUUUCUGUAACUAAAAAGUGUAAAAUUAGCAAAAGUUCUCAUUGUUUGUCAUUGUGCAUAGCAAGCUAGUUUCAAAUGGCGCUUAACUGUUUUCAGUUGCAGUACCUUAGAUCUGUUAUGUCAGACAUGAUUACUAUCAAUUAAAUAUCUGCAAUGACAGUGCCAUUAAUAUUAGACACUCAUGUAUGCCAAAAGUACCAAUACUGUUCUUUCAAAGCAGAUUAUUUUGAUCACCUGGAACUGUUCAUGUAAAAUAAUAGCUCCUUCCAACCCCAAAUACUUUUUUGCUUUACUCUGUAUUUUAAGGCAAAUAAGUGAACCACUCCAGUAAAAUCUAUUUGUUUGUCAUAUUCAGUGUUCCUGUUUGAUAAAUGUAUGAAGAAUGUUUUCAGAAUUAAUGGAAUUUUUGGUGCACUUUAAGUUGAAAUAAA